UUUGUCAACCAAAAUUAACCCAGUUUGUGGGCUGCGGUUUAACGACAACGUCGCGCAUUUUCAAAUAAUAGUAGCACUAUUUAUAUACUUAAUACUUUUGGUUACGUCACCGUAAACAUAAAUGUGUAAAACAUUUACUUGCUUUUAGUGUUAAAUUUAAAGUCGUUCAAGCAGGAAGUAAAUACUUGGCACCUCCUCAUUACAACAAUAGCAACACCAAUUAUCCUGAAAAAUGGUAUCCAGAUAAGUGCAUUUCAAGAGGAUAAUUUGACAUCUAUAGUUUCUCACUAAUCCGUCUACGCAACUUUUCGUCAAGGAUAACAAACAUCGACCAUGUAUAAAUAAGGAACUUAAAAUAUUUUCCGCAGUUUUACCAUACGCACCUCCAAUUUCGCCUGUCCAGAAUGUCGCCCUAAAUUUGACAAUGUACCUCAUAAACCACGUUGUCGCGACAACAGUGACACUUAUUUUGGUAGAUUUGACCACCUUAAGUGAGUGCCGACCUAACAACAUUUGCAGAAAUUUCAUCGACUAUAGUAGCAUCCAGACCAACCCUAAUUGUUGGUAUAAUCCAGAUUUAGGCGCCACUGCGGAACAAAUUGCAACAAGGUACGGAUUUCCGUUCGAAGAGCACGAAGUGACGACUGGUGAUGGGUACAUAAUCACUUUGUUCAGGAUUCCCCACAAUGGGAGCGACGUCCACCGAAAAAGACCGGUGGUUUUUCUGCAACACGGUAUAGCUGCAGAUGGGUAUACUUGGAUGGUCGCCGGGCGAAAUUCCAGCGUUUUUAUUUUCUCGAACCAAGGGUACGACGUCUGGAUUUCCAACUGCAGAGGUACUGAACCCUCUUCCAAGCAUGUGAAAUAUACACCCUACGACCGUGAAUUUUGGCUUUACAGUUUUCACGAGAUGGCCCUUUACGAUAUUCCCGCCAUGCUAGAUUUCGUCGCUGCUAAAACACAACAACAGAUCAGUUACGUUGGGCACUCCAUGGGUUGUACCAUGGCUUUAAUUUACACGUCCUUAAUGCCCCAGCAAGCCCAAACCAAUUUAAAAUCAAUAGUCGCCCUAGCUCCUGUAGCUUUCAUGGACCAUGUUACAUCAGCCGUCAAACUUAUAGUACCAUUUCGUUACAUAAUUUGGGAAGUUCUUUCAUCAGCUGGAAUUUACGGGGUUGGGCCGCAGCUAAAAAACCUACAACGUCUGUCGCACCUUUGCGGCAGCUAUCCCUUCAUUAAGGUCUGUGUCCUCACAAAUGCACUUUUGUCUGGAAUAAAUACCAUGGAAGCCAGUGCGAGCGCUUUUCCCAUAGGAAUAAGACACUUUCCCAUUGGGCUUUCGAUGAAAACGAUUUUUCAUUACGCGCAAAUAAUGGAUACAAGGCGGCGGUUUCAGUUUUUUGAUUAUGGACCCGAGCUUAAUUGGAGGUUGUACAACUCGUCGCUGCCUCCGGAGUAUCCUAUAGGAAAUGUGAGGAUUCCUAUGCAUUUGUUUUACGGGAAUAGGGAUACGCUUUCGGCUGAAAAGGACGUACAUUAUUUAUACGAACAACUCAGGACGAACAAAACUAUUAAAGAGGUAUUUAAUUUUGCACACCUGGAUUUCCUCGGAGCUACGCAUUCUGCGGACUUGUAUUACAUGUUGCUUGAUUAUCUGUGAUUUUUUUUAUAAUUCAUUUUCUAGGAGUUUUUUGUAACAAAUUGUUGUUUUACGUGAAAAUGUAAAUAUAUUUAUUUUUUCUUAGAAA